AUGAAGUUUGGCAAAAUUCUUACUUAUUUAACGCUUUUUGUGGUUGCGUGUCUUGCAAAACCAGAUUUAAACUCUCGUACUGAUGACAAUGGAAUAAUCACUAUCGCUGGUAGACUUUUUCAGCGAAUUGUCACUGGUAAACAAGAUCACACUACUGUAGCACUGUUUUCAGUGGAUGCUACGACUAUGAACUGUGAAAUUUGCCGCCUUAUUGAGCCCCAAUUUAAAGCCUUAGCUUACUCUUACAAGCAGAAGUAUGGCCUUGACAGUGGUAUCAGAUUCGUGUAUGCGGACUUUGGUAAAAAUAAGAAUUUGUUUGAACAGUUCGGUAUCGAAAGUGUUCCCAAUUUUUGGGUCUUCAAGCCCAACACUAUAGUUCCUAUUGCAGGAGAUUUAAGCAGCGGUGUUGAUGCCGACAAAUUGGCUGCCUUGGUCUUGAAAGAAACUGGCAAAGGUGCGCCAAUAAUUUACCGUCAAGAUCCGACUAAGAAAUAUGCUUCUCUGGUAUCAACCGUCUUAUGCGGUGCUGCUCUUUUCUUUACCAGAAAAAUACUUUUGAAGGUUUUCACCAGCAGAAAAGUGUGGGCUGCUUUUAGUAUUAUCACUGUCAUUACAUUGAGUAGUGGAUUCAUGUUCACUCGUAUCCGAUUUACUCCUUAUAGUCAACGCGGUGAAAAUGGCGAAAAUCUCUGGUUAGCCGGCUCGCAACAAUAUCAAUUUGGCGCUGAAGUACAGGUUGUUUCAUUAAUCUAUACCGCUUUAACUAUCAGCACCAUCUUCCUAACUGUAAUUGCACCUAAAGUUCGGGGUGCUAAACGCCAAACCCUCUUUGUCCUUUUCUGGCUUAUUGUAUUAUGGCUUGGUUAUAGCUUCCUUGUUGAUGUUUUCCAAAGAAAGAUGCAGAUGUAUCCUUUUAAGCUUUUACUUUAG